UGCCAACUAAUAUCAAUGGAUGUUGGCAGAUAUAGAGAAAAAUGGUUGUCCAAGCCUCCACCAACUUGGUUCUGCCCGCAUAGAUCACGCCAUCUCAGGCCACACAGCCCAUCUUGUCUAAUACAAAUUUUGGUCGAUAUCUCCCGAUAAGAUUCAUUUAGUAGCUCAAACGGCACUUGGGCGUGUCAAGGCCCUUUCCGAGAUACUGCGCAGCAGACUCGGCACAAUACACAAGCGAUUCCCUCCUCGCUUCCCUGACUGCAGCCAUCAUGCUUAGUCUCCUCGAUAUGAUAUUUGUGCUAGGGCCCUUGGGCUUGUCACAUGCAAUCUUGGUGCCACUAGUUGGCACAUUGGUGCGCUUCAGGGCGCACUACAACCCAAAGGGUCUACAACUUCAAGUUGACUCUGAGGCCGACGUACAGCCCCAUACUGGCCCAGUCAUCUCAUCCUUCUUUGCGAUGUUGAGAAGGGUUCACAAAAUCGAGGGUUGGCCAGGACUAUACAAAGGAUUGAUACCCUCGUUGCUGUCAAAUCUCAGCAUCACCUUCUUCUUCCUCUUGAUGAUUUUUUUGAGCGGCAAUAACCUUCGUCUUGGAACAUACAGCACCCCUGGCGCUGACGUCGUCGGCAUGCUCUUCUACAGUAUUUUUGGCGUGCUUGUAUAUCUUCCGAAGAUAGUCAUCACCAACCGCGCAAUAACCACACCUCAUAAGCUGCCGUACUUCAACGCAAUUUACUCACUCCGUGUUCUGCUAACACCCACUGAGCGCCGGAAACCUUGGAUUCUCUAUCUCACUCCUGGUCUUCUCGCCACCCAAGUUGCACACACCGCUUACGUCGCCAUCUUCGUAGUCAUCGUGCUUCUGAGCAGAGUCAUUCUCACCCCUUUGGAAGUCAUUGCAGUCAGACUUUCUAUUCAACGGAACUGCGCAGCCCCGGAAAUCAACCCCAUCUCACAGGAGAAUGAUGGUGACGCCGAGGAAGCAACGGAGUACUCCGGUGUUGACGAGGAUGUCAUUGGCCUGAGAACCGGGAUGGAGCCUUAUGUCGGCGUGAUUGAUUGUGCGAAGAGGAUUAUCGAAGAGGAAGGUUGGAGCACGCUGUAUCGUGCAUGGUGGUUGAUGUUGGCAGCCUGAGUGGCGCAAUCUCAUAAACAUUCUUAUUUUUCUGGUUCAUGCCAACUUUCCAUAAUGGAGAUUCCCCAAGUUCGAAUCGAGAAUAUACUAUGUACUAUGUAACGUUGUACUUGCCGCCGCCCGUUAAUACAUCUGACAGCUGCCUGUCUCUGCCUUGU